CCAGCGAGCGCGUCUCGGGCCCGAGCCUGGGGUCUUCUCCCUGAGGAGCUUCACGUGGAUUCUAACAUAGGACCUGGACAAGAAGGUGACUCCACAGCCUGGAUUUCUGAGAAUGAAAAUUUGCAUAAAACAGUGUCAGACCAACUCACAGUGAUGGAGCCCCCCGCCCCUGAGUCUGGGGAAGUCCGUGAACCCAGAUUAGGAGGGCUGUUGGGAAACCCAAAAGGGCAGAGCCUGGGGAAUUGCCCCUCUCAGGAAGGGGGCUUCAAGCAGGUGACAGUUACCCACUGGAAAAUCCAAGCAGGAGAGACAGCCCAGGUGUGCAGUAAGUCAGGGAGAAACACUAUUCUGAACUCAAACCUUCUUAUACUUCAGAAAGAGCUCAUAGGAGGGGAGACCCAUCCUUGCAAUAUCUGUGGCAAAAGCUUCACAUUUAAUUCAGACCUAGUUACACAUCAGAUUUCUCACACUGGGGAGAAACCUUAUAGAUGUGAUCAAUGUGGGAAAGGCUUUGGUCAGAGCUCACACCUUACUGAGCAUCAGAGAGUUCAUGCUGGAGAAAGACUCUAUGUGUGCAAUGUGUGUGGGAAAGACUUCAUUCACUAUGCACAUCUUAUUGAGCAUCAGCAAGUCCAUACUGGAGAAAAGCCGUUUAAAUGUGCUCAGUGUGGGAAAGCGUUUUGUCAUAGCUCAGACCUGAUUCGACACCAGAGAGUUCACACCAGAGAGAGACCUUUUGAGUGCAAAGAAUGCGGAAAGGGCUUCAGUCAGAGCUCCUUACUUAUUCGGCAUCAGAGAAUUCACACGGGAGAAAGACCCUAUGAAUGUAACGAAUGUGGGAAAUCUUUCAUCAGGAGCUCGAGCCUUAUUCGACAUUAUCAGAUCCACACAGAAGUGAAACAGUAUGAAUGCAAAGAAUGCGGGAAGGCCUUCCGCCACCGCUCGGACCUUAUUGAGCACCAGAGAAUUCACACUGGGGAGAGGCCCUUUGAAUGUAAUGAGUGUGGGAAAGCCUUUAUUAGAAGCUCCAAGCUCAUCCAGCAUCAGAGAAUUCACACUGGAGAGAGGCCUUACGUAUGUAACGAGUGCGGGAAGCGCUUCAGCCAGACGUCAAACUUCACGCAGCAUCAGAGGAUUCACACCGGAGAGAAGCUCUAUGAAUGUGAUGAGUGUGGGAAAGCCUUCUUUCUGAGUUCAUACCUUAUUCGACACCAGAAAAUUCACACUGGGGAGAGAGUGUAUGAAUGUAAAGAAUGCGGGAAAGCUUUUCUCCAGAAAGCCCAUCUCACUGAACAUCAGAAGAUCCACACUGGGGACAGACCCUUUGAGUGUAAGGACUGUGGGAAAGCCUUCAUUCAGAGCUCCAAGCUACUUCUGCAUCAGAUCAUUCAUACUGGAGAAAAGCCAUAUGUGUGUAGUUAUUGUGGGAAAGGCUUUAUUCAGAGGUCAAAUUUCCUUCAACACCAGAAAAUUCAUACUGAAGAGAAACUCUAUGAAUGUAGUCAGUAUGGAAAAGAUUUUAAAUCAACCCCAAACUUUAAAAAUAAUCAAGGUGUUCACCAGGAGGGACUCUCCUUGAGUAAGGCGCCCAUGCCUUUGGGUGAGGUGUCUGUAGGUCAUGGGGAAGAUACAGAUAACUUAUAAUUAUUGGGAUUCACGUGGCUUCUAAGGCUUGGACAUGUCAGAAUCUUCUAAAUCAUGCAUGGGGCUGCUUUUGGAGUGGGAAACCAUCUCCACUUGGCAGCACUACUGGACUUCAGUCCUCUUCCUCAGCUGUGAGUGUUGUCCUCAGGAGAGCCGUGGACUUUACAACUGAUUUUGAGCUGGAAUGGGAAGUGGGUGGUGCGGGUCUCAAGGAAAGACUUCUGUAUUUUAUUCACUAUUACAACCCGUCCUUGAGUUAAAUCCCUUUUAGAGCAAAA